AUGAAGAGCAUGAAACUUGUGAGCAGUGUGCCCGAUGCAAGGUAUGAACGUAGCGAAAAGCAGUACCGCUGCACCCUGGAUGCAAACGACUAUCGCAAGCUGUCUAUGCAGUGCAAGGAUUUUGUGGUUGGUGUUCUUGAUCUCUGCCGAGACUCGGAAGAAGUGGAAGCCAUUCUGAACGGGGAUUUAAACUCUGAGCCAGUUGAAGCGCAGAGACACAGAGCAUCACUGAGCCGUGUGAAGCUGGCCAUUAAGUAUGAAGUCAAAAAGUUUGUGGCCCAUCCAAACUGUCAGCAACAGCUACUGACUAUCUGGUAUGAAAAUCUCUCAGGAUUACGGGAGCAGACCAUAGCUAUCAAGUGUCUGGUGGUGCUGGUUGUGGCAUUGGGCCUUCCAUUUCUAGCCAUUGGUUAUUGGAUUGCACCAUGUAGCAGGCUUGGAAGAAUUCUUCGAAGCCCAUUUAUGAAAUUUGUGGCACAUGCAGCAUCCUUCAUUAUUUUCCUAGGCUUGCUGGUGUUCAAUGCUUCAGACAGAUUUGAAGGUAUAACAACGCUACCGAAUGUCACUGUUACCGAUUACCCUAAGCAGAUCUUUAGGGUGAAGACUACCCAGUUCACCUGGACAGAAAUGCUGAUCAUGGUAUGGGUACUUGGUAUGAUGUGGUCAGAAUGCAAAGAGCUGUGGCUCGAAGGACCCAGGGAAUAUAUUUUGCAGUUAUGGAAUGUUUUGGAUUUUGGGAUGCUGUCCAUUUUCAUUGCUGCUUUCACAGCGAGGCUUCUGGCGUUCCUGCAGGCCACAAAAGCACAACAAUAUGUGGACAACUACAUUGAGGAGAAUGACCUCUCUGAGGUCACGCUUCCUCCAGAAAUAGAGUAUUUUACUUAUGCUAGAGAUAAAUGGCUCCCGUCUGAUCCUCAGAUAAUAUCUGAAGGCCUUUAUGCAAUUGCUGUCGUUCUUAGCUUUUCUCGGAUUGCAUAUAUCCUGCCUGCAAAUGAGAGUUUUGGGCCCUUGCAGAUUUCACUUGGAAGGACUGUUAAGGACAUCUUCAAGUUUAUGGUCCUUUUUAUUAUGGUAUUUCUUGCAUUUAUGAUUGGAAUGUUCAUACUGUAUUCCUACUAUCUUGGAGCGAAACUAAAUCCGGCCUUUACAACAGUGGAAGAAAGUUUCAAGACCUUAUUUUGGUCAAUAUUUGGCUUGUCUGAAGUAACCUCUGUUGUCCUCAAGUAUGAUCAUAAGUUCAUAGAGAACAUUGGUUAUGUUCUUUAUGGCAUAUACAACGUAACGAUGGUGGUAGUUCUGCUCAACAUGCUGAUUGCUAUGAUCAACAGUUCAUAUCAAGAAAUUGAGGAUGACAGUGAUGUAGAGUGGAAGUUCGCUCGUUCUAAACUUUGGUUAUCGUAUUUUGAUGAUGGAAAAACAUUACCUCCACCGUUCAGUCUGGUACCAAGCCCCAAAUCUUUUUUCUAUUUCAUCAUGAGGAUCAUUAACUUUUCUAAGUGCAGGAGGAGACGGCUACAGAAGGACAUUGAAAUGGGAAUGGGCAAUUCCAAAUCUAGGUUAAACCUUUUCACUCAGUCGAACUCCAGAGUUUUUGAGUCACACAGUUUUAACAGCAUUCUCAAUCAGCCGACACGCUAUCAGCAAAUAAUGAAAAGAUUGAUAAAACGCUAUGUUCUGAAAGCACAAGUGGACAAGGAAAAUGAUGAAGUAAAUGAAGGUGAAUUGAAGGAAAUCAAACAGGAUAUCUCCAGUCUUCGCUACGAACUUUUGGAGGAUAAGUCCCAAGCAACAGAAGAGUUAGCAAUUCUAAUUCAUAAACUCAGUGAGAAACUAAAUCCUAAUAUGUUGAGAUGUGAAUGAUUCAACAAAGGAACCAUGGCUUUGACUACAGCACAACUAUUUAUUGGCAAUAAUACUUCAGUAUCUUAUACUUGAAAAAUGUAUUGUAGAUUUUUAGCACUAAAUAACUUUAUGUACAGCUUCUCUGGAAUUUAGUCUUAGGAAAUUUUAUUAACUCACCACAAAAAGAUCGCUUUCUUCAUUUUAGUUGCCUAAAAGCAAGAACUAUCAUAAUUUUUUUGGCAUUUAUGCAUUAAAAAGGUAUAAUGGUAUGAAUUGCUGAUACUUUAACAGGUUUAUGAGUACAUAUUGAGAAUUCUUUGCACUAAAUUUGCAAGAAAAAAUUAAAAUAACAGAUACAGCGUGGUACUCUGUUCCUUGAAGCAACUGGGUAUGAAUAGGGUUUUUCAUAGUACCAUAGAUCAACUAG